AGAAGAACCCGGAAGAAGAACCCGGAAGAAGGCGUUAUCGGUUGCCGCUGUUUUUUCCGACACGUGCGGGUCUUUAACACUCAUGACUUUUAGUUUUUAUCGAAGAAUAAAACUCGGAAUGAAACCAGCUGCCCUCUAGCAAGCUAAAGUGUUGAAGAUGCUGAGUGAUUCUGAGGCUACAGAGCUUCUUUCCUUCCUGGCGCCUGGAACCCGGCCUGAUGUCAAAGGUCACACCACCGACUACAUUCUGGGACUGUCAGGACACAGGGAUGGUUGCCGCUUCCUGCGCUCGAAACCCGACUUAAUUAGUGCGCUUUUUGCACUGACCUCUGACCCCUCCAUCGCUAUAGUGAAGGAUUGCUACCACAUCCUGAUCAACCUGUCGGCCGAUGAGACUCUGCACCAGGUCCUCAUGAACGACGUUAACGUUGUUCCUGUGCUGCUUAAGAACGUCAUGGAUCCAUACUUCCCCUUUUCUGAUCAGAUCUGCAGCAUUCUGUCCAACCUAACGCGCCACAAAAAGACAUGCAAGUCUCUGUUUCAGCUGCUCCAGGAGGGUGUUGGACUUGCUCAGCUGGUGGACAUCUUCUGUACUGAAGGCUACAACAAGAACGCCAACUUCCACUAUUUGGCUCCUCUGCUGUCCAACCUCACGCAGCUGCCUGAGGCCAGACUCUUUUUGAUGGACAAAGACAGGUGUGUCAUCCAGCGGUUGUUGCCCUUCACACAGUUUCAAGCAUCAGUGGUGAGGAGGGGUGGAGUCAUCGGCGUCCUACGAAACUGUUGUUUCGAUUACGCCAAUCACGAGUGGUUGCUAAGCGAUGCAGUGGACAUCCUGCCUUUCCUUCUGCUGCCACUGGCUGGUCCAGAGGAGCUGAGUGAGGAAGAAAAUGAAGGUCUGCCAGUAGACCUUCAGUACCUCCCAGAAGACAAGAAGAGAGAAGACGACCCCGAUAUCAGGAAGAUGCUGUUAGAGACUCUCCUGCUGCUGACUGCGACCAAGGCUGGCCGGAAGACUCUCAAAGACAAAAACGUCUACCCCAUCAUGCGGGAGUUCCACUGCUGGGAAACGGACACAAAGGUCACAGCAGCCUGUGAAAAACUAGUCCAGGUGCUAAUAGGAGAUGAGCCUGAGCAGGGCAUGGAGAACCUGAUGGAGGUGGAGAUUCCUGACCAUGUGGAGGAGAAGCUGAAGGAGGCUGAUGCCAAGGAGCAACAGGAGCUGGAGAGCGAGGAGGACAAGAGACAAAGACACAAGGACGGCGACGUCAGUGAGGAGGGGACGGAAAGCAGGUGACCCACCCUGAAUAAGACCUUCAUCAGGCUGCUGUGCAGACCAACAGAACCAGCAAGACCAGUAGAGUUAGUAGACACAGGUGCAGGUGGGACACAUUGGAAAUGUGGAAAUGUUGUGCUUGAUAAGAAACUGUGCAAACACAGCUCAAGUUAGUGUGUGUGUGUGUGUGUGUGUUAGCUAAAACCACCUCAGGGAGAAUUUCACCCUACCCACUGAGUACACCAGCUGAUCCAGAGGUGAAAAGGUCUUAGGAGUAGGCUCAGGCGGCUCGCUCUUCUUAUGUUUAUUAUUUAUUUAUUGUUGUUUGUAUUGAUUUCUUACAUUUAUAUACAGGAUGUUAAUGAGCAUUUGAUUGAGGUGCUGAAAGCUACGGGCUCAUUGAGAGUAAACUGGUUUGUACUAGUUAAAUAGUUCAACAAGUUUGUGCAAGUUCAUACAGUAAUGAUGUCAUCUCUAAAGAUUUUUAAGCGGUUGAAGUACCAAAUAACCAAAUAACAUCUGUUUGGCCACAAACCCAACAACAGUUUAGAUUUAAUAAAUAAGUUGAAUUAUUGAUUCAAUAGCAUAUUCAUGUAACGUCAGUUGACCCGGAGAAAUGACGUAUAGAUCGGCACUGCAACAUAUUUACAUACUGGAAGCUACUCAUGACAGCGGAUUCUGAUCUACUCGCCAUCCUCGAUCUGAGUACGACCUUUGACACAAGCUCCAUCUUCCACCGUAGACAGUCCUCCAAUCGGCAUCAGCCACACCCCCUCAGAUGUUUUCAUUCUUAUCUCUCAGGCCGCACUCGGUUCAUUCAGCUCAAGUCCCACAGAUCCCAGUCCUCACGUUACUUCAGGCCUCAAAGCUCUAUCUUAGGACCACUACUUUUCAUUAUCUACCUUCUCCCUCUCUGCAAAAUCUUCUGUAAAUACAACAUUUUCAUUGCUUUGCAGAUUGACACCCAGCUCUAUCUCUCCAGCAAACUAAAGUCCACCCUCCCUGCUUCCCUCCCUCGCCCCCCGCUUGGCUGAAAUCAAAUCCUGGUUCACCUCAAAUGUCCUUAAACUCAACAGACAGAACCUACAGUAUCCAAAGUUGCCGGUUUCUCCCUCAGCAUCGAUAACGCCAUAGUCUCCCCUCCCCUCUCAGGUUAUGAGUCUUUGUGUCAUCCAUCAUAGCUUGCUGUCAUUCCAUUCCCGCAUCAAUUACCCGAUCUGCAUACUUCCAUCUACGCAACAUCGCUUUUAACCUGAUCUAUGUGCAGCGUUCUUGAAAGCUGCUUACAAAUAAAAUUCAGUAUUAGUUCAUUUAUAUACAAUGAUAUAAUAAUUAAGACUAUCCAAUUCAUAUGCAGUUAAUAUGAACGUUAUCCAUCCCUUCGUCCAUUUUCUAUACCGCUUAUCCUCACUAGGGUCGCAGGGGGACACUAAAGUCAGUUUGCGGAACUGGACAUUGAAAAUCUGGUAUUUGUGGUCUGUAAGUCUGCUCUGGUUCUCGUAUAUCCAACAGAAAAUGGAGGUCUUUUUGGAACCUAUACCCGCUCCAGAGUAAUGCUAGCGGCGGCCCCUUCGCCCGUAAUUUGAGUCCUAUGUUCUGUUGCUUAUCAUUAUCAUUCAUUAGUGAUAAGUACCUAUACUUUUCAUUAUGUCAAAUGUGUUAAUGUUUGCUUUUGUCGUUGGUGAACAAUGGCAAUAGAAACAAGAGGUCACUGGAACUGAAUCUAAUAAUUCCAAUAAUUCCCUUUCAACUGCAAAUGAUGCGAAAUUGAAUUGUAAAUUGAAGGUUUUGAAGAGUUAUGCAUCAAAAAUGGCCAUUUUUAUGGACUCUAUAGAACGUAACCCCUACAAAAAGCGGGAUCUACUGAAUUUUCUUUAUUACACACCUAGCCCAGCAAGCUUUAGAAGCCAUGUGGGACCAAAAAAAGGGUAUAUUAUCGAAAAAGUUCACUCCUUCCUGAACACCCACUCCAGUGACCAAACAUGGUUCCUGCUCACUCCAUAAAGAUCUACACAUACAUGUCAUAUACUCAAUUUAAACUCUAUUCCCUUUUAAAAAAAACUGCCCAGAUCACUCUUGAUUGGUUUAUGACACACAAAGAGGCUUAAAAAGCCUGUCCUGAGUGGGUGUGGCCAACCAGCCUAUUCCACUUUAUAUAAUCCACUCUCAAUUCUGUGCCCAGACGUGUCUCUGAAUAGAAAAAAAGCAAAUGUGACUGGCAUUCAGAUCAAGUCGCUUGUCAGCUGAUCUCAUAGUUUUGUGAUCAUAACUUGUUUUAAUUUUGUAUUAUGGAUAUGUAAGAGCAGCAGCAGUAUACGUUGACCCAGAUUGGAUUAUUGGAAAUCUAGUUGUAUGGCAUCAAACUCUACGACUACAUUGUUAAGCAAGUCAAUUAUCGAAUUGAAUCACUAAGCCAAAGCAAAGGCAAUCAACACAUAAACAUUUUAUUUAAGUAUUUACAAGUUUUAAUGACAGGCAGCAUCAGCCAUUCAGGAGCAGCCACAAAGAGGCAACCGGAUGCUGAUUGGCCGCUUGAGCUCACGCCCACCAUCCUUUGUGUACAAGCAAUAACAACAUUGUCUUCAUCCAUUACUGCUAUUUACAUACAUCACUUUUGACAUUGUAGCAAAAAAAAAAUAAACAUCAGUGUCACUGACAGUUCGGAGAAUACAACGUCACUUCCGACAAACCCAAGUCCACAAACCAACCUUGGAAAAAAAAAAAAAGAUGGACUUAAAACCUGACCUUAAAUUUUCAAGUUUGGUUCUCAAAAAGUCAAGAAGUCACAAAACUCUGCAAAGUCCCUCUGCAUGAAGUUC